GCGGCCUUCAGGUCGGUCACCCGCAGCGCCUGAAGAGGCUUCCCGUCCAGAGUCACCUCCUCGAGCUCCGCCAUCUUGCGUGAGGUACUCGGGUCCGUCCCGACGGCUUCGGGCAUCUUCGGUAAUUUCCGCCAACGCCCUUCGAACGUACCGAGUUGGCCCCGCCCACUUCCAUAGUCAACCCCUCGAUUACCACUCAGAACUCCCCGGGUUCCUCCGGAAAUGCUCGGGUGUUUCCGUCUCCACAUCGGCACCAAUUGGUUCUUUCCAUUCUCCUAGUCGCUCCCCCUACCUCAUCCUGCUUUCAGAGCUCGGUUCUCUUCGUCUUACCGAGGCUUUGAAUCGAAUCUGUUCGGAAGCUCUCGACUCUGGCAUAACCAUAAUCGGAAUUAUUCGGCUAUCUCCGGACCUAAGGCUGAGACGCUGUGGCGCUUGGGUGUUUGGGGCCGGUCCGGGACCGGAAGUGCGUGGGCUUCCCGGCUGGCCCUCCUUAGGGUUUUUAGGAAACCUGGAAGCGGCGGUGAUAGUGGGAGUCUAAACCCUCUUGUGACGGUCUCCGGGUGCCCUGUGAGAGGAAAGGGGAGGAAAUAAAAGAAAAUAAUGGAGUUAUGAAGUUCUUGGCAUAUUUCAGAGGCUACAUGCACAUUGCGGAGAAGGCUCUUUCGUCAUAUAUGAUGUUUUCCCUUUCUUUUUUUUCCUUCUGUUGAUAGCUCUGGAAUGAUUAGCAUCUAGGCCCUGACCAGCUGCUUGGAUGCCACUGGGAUCAUCUUCCUCUUCGAUGCCGCUAUCCUUCCCUUCUCCCUUACCCUCGGUACCAGACAAUAUUUCUAACUCUUCCCCUCCCCCAAUGUCUUACAUCACUUCCCAGGAGAUGAAGUGUAUUCUUCACUGGUUUGCCAGCUGGUCAGGUCCUCAGCGUGAACGGUUCCUACAGGACCUGGUAGCUAAGGCAGUACCGGGAAAAUUGCAGCCACUGCUGGAAAGUCUGGAGCAACUUAGCGUGUCUGGAGCAAACCGACCACCUUGUAUCUUUGAGUGCCAGCUACGUCUUUGGGAUCAGUGGUUUCGAGGUUGGGCUGAGCAGGAGCGCAAUGAAUUUGUCAGGCAGCUGGAGGUCAGUGAGCCAGACUUCGUGGCAAAGUUUUACCAAGCAGUGGCUGCUACCGCUGGUAAAGACUGAUAGGCCUUAAAAUCAAAGAAGAUAACCAGAGCUAAUGGAGCUGAGGCCACAACUUUACCAUGAGAACUUCAAAUGUAUCACUUAAAGGCCUGGGGAUGGUGUCCGAUCAGCUGACUGAACUCGCUGACCAAUACAGGCCUGGUGAUUUCAACAGCCAAUCAACUGGACUCCUAGUGUAAAUGUUUUCUAUCUAAGCAAAUCCAGAUCAGCAGUCUGUCUCCUAGCUUACUUCUUUCCAAGAGACGUCAAACCCUCAAGAAUUUAAAGAUUUCUUUUACAACUAUAACCGAAAGGAAUCUACACAUUAUAACUCAAGCCUACUGCCGGCCCAUAGGGGUAUAAAGUAGAGCCCUUGUACUCCAGAAACGAGAGAAGGACCAUAAAAGAUCAUGUUUUUAUAAUUUAGGUGGAUUCAGAUGGCUGCUUUCACCACUGUUACCAAAUUCUGGCAUAAUUAUGUGAUAUCCCAACUACUAGCUUUCCUAGUGAUGAUUUAGUAAAAUUAUGGAAAAAUCAGGAGGUGGAGAUAAUUAGCUACUUCUUCCUCCACACUGAUGUUUGUUUGAAUACAAGUAGCAAUGACUUUUUUCUAAAGUAUAUGUGACAUCCUUGGAGCUGGUAGCAGAUGUUCCUAUUCUAUAAGUUUGCUUUACAACAAUAUGAAAACAAGUGACAUACUUUACAGGUUGAAGGGUUUAUUUUUUGUAUCAAAAUAAAGAACAGAU